CUGACAGGCGGUGCUUCGGUCGCUCCCAAACAUGGCCUCCAUGACGGAGCGACCGCUUCAACUUUAAUUUUCGCCAAUUUUCAGCUGAAAACCGUAUUUUCAUCCUUUCACGGUCAACGGGAAUGUUUCACCGGACAAUCUUAUCAUGCCAGACUUGUGAAACAGAUGUUAUCUUUCGGAGAAGUUCGCUGUUGGAUUUAAACAGAUCGGUUUAAGUUGGCUGGAAAGCUGGAGAGGAAAAAGAGAAUUGCAUCAAAUCAAAUGCCAUCUGAGGCCCAGUCUCAGGAGCCUCGAGACAGAGGGCCGCCACCUCCCGUCACUCGGGCCGGACGCAGCGCUCAGCUGGCCAAAGCCGCCGCUACGAGCCCCACCCCCGAGAGACGGCCUCGUGGGCGACCUCGGAAAGAUGGGAGCAGCGGCCGCUCUGCGGCCCCCGCACCUCCUCCUCCUCCACCUCCUACUCCACCACCUCCCAAAUCAAGGAAGAAGGGGCGGAGUCGAGGCCGAGCCCAGGUAGAGGAUGAAGAGAGCAUGGACGCCAUGGAGAAGAGACCCCAUCACAAGACAGAAGUGAAGGAGGAGACAGAGAAGACAACAGGACGCCGUCGAUCCACGUCCAGGAGGAAGUCUAACACAAACCCUGACCCCGACCCUGAACCCAGCCAGGACAGGCUCAGUUUGGGACCUAAGCUGCACCCUGACCCCACAGUCCUCAAAUCCAGCCCAGAACCUGCUCCCAGAGUGAAGGAUGAGGACAGAACCAGCCCCGCUCCUGCUGCUGUGCUGCUCCCGGCCUCCAGUCCUGGGGAAGAACCUCGAUUCAGUCCCCUUCCCCCUUCCGCGUCCCCUUUGCUGGACCGCUGCUCAGUUCACAGCCCUGCCUCCAGCCCCAGACCAGCUCCUGAUCCUGUGGAGGAGGCCCAGCCCAGCCCAGGCCACAGCCCUGCCCCUAUGGAGGUGGAUUGCAGCGCUGGUACGGUUCCCAUGGAGACAGAAGGGGGUGGGACAAGUCCUGGGGCCAGUCCCAUGGAGCAGAGUCCCACUCUGAGUCCCUGUUCCAGUCCUCCGGUCUCCCCCUGCCCCCGACUAGAGGAUGAGGACUCAUUGUCCCCUCUGUUCCAGCGGUCUAUGUCAGAGGACGACUCCGGGGCCUCACCUACCCCCAGCCUGGGACACACCCAAAAACGUUUUAAGCAGUGUGCCUUCUGUUACUGUGGCGAUGAGCCUCCUCUGGGCCAGGGACGGCUGGUGGUGUUCGGCCCGACGCCUGGAUACAUCCCCCUCCACGUCCUCAACCGCCGCGCCUCCUCUGACCGAGAUAACGACUGCCACGACCACUGCUACCGCGGCAACCAGGCCCCGCCCUUGUGCAGCAGUCCAGAGCAGUGUGAGGACGAGUCUUCCUCAGAGUUUGUGGAGCAGCUCGGACCCAUCGGCCUUCCACAUGACAUCAACGUCCAAUCACUGUUCGACCCCACAGGUCAGUGCUGUGCUCACCUGCAGUGUGCAGCCUGGUCAGAGGGGGUGUGUCGAGGUGAGGGCCAAUCACUGCUCUACGUGGACAAAGCCAUCGACUCAGGAAGCACACAGGUGUGUGCAUUCUGCCGUCGACUCGGGGCGUCGCUGCGUUGCUGGGAGGAGGGCUGUGGGCGGAGCUACCACUUCCCCUGUGCUGCUGCUGCUGGAGCUCAUCAGGACUGGAACCAGAGACGCACACUGUGUACAAGACACACACAGACAGUCUUUUCACAGUGCGUGCUGUGUUCGAGUGGUGGUGAUGUCAGCAGACUGUUGAUGUGUUGUUGCUGUGGUAACUGUUACCAUGGCAGCUGCCUGGACCCCCCUCUGGCCCCAUCCCCCCUCUGCCGGGCCGGCUGGCAGUGUCUUCAGUGUCGAGUGUGUCAGAGCUGCAGGUUGCGAGGGGACGAUGGUGCAUUGCUGGUGUGUGACCGCUGUGAUAAAGCUUACCACACACACUGCCUCACACCACCUCUGGAUCACACACCGAGCAACGGCUGGAGCUGCAAGAACUGCAGAAUCUGCCGCCGCUGUGGUGUGAGAUCAUCAGGCCGGUGGGCCAAUCACCCGUUUCUGUGCGCGUCAUGUGACCCGGCCCUGCCCUGCCCUCUUUGUGGCCAUGCCCCAGACCUCUACACAGCACAGGAGUAUCUCACUUGCACCUGCUGCUAUAGGUGUGUCCAUACAGAGUGCAUUGUCCAGGCUGGGCAGGGCAGGGCAGGGUCUGAAAGUUACAUCUGCUCCACCUGCAGGACUCAGACGGAGGAUCUAAUUCCAAAAACUCCAAUCCUACACAGUCCUACCCCGGCCCUGCCCACCAGUCCUCCACAGGCACAAGUCAUUAACAUUUCAGAGCCACCAGUUCACAGUCAUGCUGAGGAUCCACCCAUCAGUCCUACAGUUCAUAGCCCAGCCCAUUUUGACUGCCCAGAACCACCACAGAGUCCUACCAAGACCACGUGUACACCAUUGCAGCAUAGUCUUACUCCAGCUCACCCUGACCCAUCAGAGCUCCCACAGAGUCCUGUACCUACGGACCCUGACCUAUUAGAGCUCCAACAGAGUCCUGUACCUACGGACCCUGACCCAUCAGAGCUCCCACAGAGUCCUGCACCUACGGACCCUGACCCAUCAAAGCUCCCACAGAGUCCUGUACCUACGGACCCUGACCCAUCAGAGCUCCCACAGAGUCCUGCACCUACGGACCCUGACCCAUCAGAGCUGCCACAGAGUCCUGCCCCUGUGGACCCUGACCCAUCAAAGCUCCCACAGAGUCCUGCACCUACGGACCCUGACCUAUUAGAGCUCCAACAGAGUCCUGUACCUACGGACCCUGACCCAUCAGAGCUGCCACAGAGUCCUGCCCCUGCGGACCCUGACCUAUUAGAGCUCCAACAGAGUCCUGUACCUACUCACCAUGACCCAUCAGAGCUCCAACAGAGUCCUGCACCUACUCACCCUGACCCAUCAGAGCUCCAACAGAGUCCUGUACCUACUCACCCUGACCCAUUAGAGCUCCAACAGAGUCCUGUACCUUCUCACCCGGAUCUCUCAGAGCUCCAACAGAGUCCUGUACCUUCUCACCCGGAUCUCUCAGAGCUCCAACAGAGUCCUGCACCUACUCACCCUGACCCAUCAGAGCUCCAACAGAGUCCUGCACCUUCUCACCCGGAUCUCUCAGAGCUCCAACAGAGUCCUGUACCUACUCACCCUGACCCAUCAGAGCUCCAACAGAGUCCUGUACCUUCUCACCCGGAUCUCUCAGAGCUCCAACAGAGUCCUGUACCUACUCACCCUGACCCAUCAGAGCUCCAACAGAGUCCUGUACCUUCUCACCCGGAUCUCUCAGAGCUCCAACAGAGUCCUGUACCUACUCACCCUGACCCAUCAGAGCUCCAACAGAGUCCUGCACCUACGGACUCUCAACCAUCAGAGCUCCAACAAAUUCAUCUAUCGUUUCAUUCUAAUCCAACAGAGCACCAAGAAAGUUCACCACUCUUUCACUCUGGUGUACCACAGCUUGAAUCAAGGCCUAUGCCAUCUCAUCCUGUUACUGCAGAACUCCAACAAAGUCCUUCCCUGUCUAACCCUAAACCUACAGAGCUCCAACAAAGUCCUUCCCUGUCUCACCCUGAAUCAACAGAGCUCCAACAAAGUCCCCCGCCAUUCCACCUUGGUCCAGCAGAACUCCAGGAAAGCCAAACCCCAUCUCCCAUUAGUCUAACGGAGUUUCAACAAACUCCUACACAGGCUCACUGUGGUCCAACAGAACUCCAAAAAACAGCUAUUCCAUCCCCUCCUGGUCCUGCUGAGCUGCAACAAAGCCCUACCCAUAGGACUCCAACACAGACCCAGCAUAGUCCUCACGGGCCCAGUUGUACCUCUUCUAGUCCUACCCAGAAUUCCACAGAGGAGCAGCUUAUAACCACAGGGUGUCAGCAAAGUUCAACACAUGGAAGUCCGGUGUCUUGUGGCCUUGCACAUUCUCACAGCCCUCUGCCAAACAGUAGUCCUCCCCACAUUAAGCCAGGACUUACAGAGCCCUGGCACAGUCCUCCACCUCACAGUCCUGCACAGGACAGCACUACACAGACGCAGCCUGAUAGAUCAUGUAGUCCUGCAGUUAUAGUCAUUUCACAUCCUCAGCACAGUCACUCACAAAGCCUGCACAGUCCUGCACCACACAGCCCUGCACAAGUUGGCACAUCACCUCCACAGAGUCCCACACAGGAUGCUCAAUCUACACUGGACCAGGACAGCCCUGGAUCAAGCAGCCCUGUUUGCCUGCAGAAUAGGGUUGCACAGGACAUUUCUACACUGGACCAGGACCCCUCAUCAGUCUACUGUAGGUCUACCCAGACACCAAAAACACACGCCUCAUUGAGUCCUAUUUCAGCUGCAUGUAGCCCAUCACCGUCCCCCCUCAGACCCACACAGUGUAGUCAGCCACAGCCUGCUAUUCAAGUACAGGCCCACUUUACACAGCCCGGGAAGCCUUUGCAGCUGAGCCUCCUUCCUCCUCCACAUAAUGCGCAGUCAAAAGUCACUGAGGAAUGCACCCAGACCAGUACCACAGAGCUGAAGUCCUUGGAGCAUAGCCUUAUUCAGCCAACUCCGAACAUCAGUAGCCAACCACUGGAAAUUAGCCCUGUCCCUCUAAGCCCCACCUCUGAACUGUCCACCGUGCCCCCCGAUAUCCUUUGCACAGAUGGCCAACUCCCAAACCAGCUUGGUCCCAUUCAGAGUAUCAUGCUUAGCCCUGACCAUUCUAGCCCCAGCAACGUCCCAGCUAUCAUCGCACCAGAAAGCCUUUUUAACAUUCGCACUUCAACGAAACACAGUAGCCCAAUUGUUUCACCUUGUGCUGAUGAAACGGAGAGAGUUCCUCUUCCAGCUAGCCACAUUCAUCAGAGUCCUUGUCGGGACAAACCCUCACGCUGCAUGGAAGGUAAAGUUAGCCCCGUACAUAUUCAAGCUAGCUCAGCUACUGCCAGCCCUACACAUGCCAGUGAAAUGCCUACUAGCCCUGCCAGCUCUUUUCAGGCCUGUGAUAGCUCCAUGCCAAUGGAGACUAGACCUGCCCACAUCAGCCCUUUAGCUGCUGAGACUAGUCCCUCAGCAGUACUGGCUAGACCCGUCCACCCUCUCUCAUGUCAGGAUGAGGAGAUGCAGGUAGCCGUUGACCACUCAACUCUUUGUAUUCAGUCAGAAGCUGAUGCCAGUCAUCCUAACACCACUCCUGGCAGUCCAGUUCAUGCUAGUGCUACUUAUGCUGGCCCAGUUCACUCAGAAGCUAACAGUGGCUGCAGUCUGAUGGGCACCGUGAAUGCCCAAAAGAGAAUUAGUCCCCCUGUUUCUGGUUUUGCUGAACUUGCACCAACUCAGACGAGCCAAAGUCCCACACAUCCUGGUCAGUCAAGUCCCUCACAUAUCCAAACUACCUGCAGUCCUUCACAGACUACUCCAGCUAGUUUUAGUCCCCCACACUGUAGGCCAACUGGUACUAGCCCCACUAGUAACUUUAUUAGCCACAGUCUGAGCAAGAUUACCUCAGACCACAGUGGCCACACCGAUCCCCACUCUGCUAGCUUAACUGAUGUUAGCGCCAUCCACAGUCCACCAAGGUCUAGUCCUGCUGGUCAAACUAGUCCUGGUGCCCACUCAGGCCGUCUCCAAAGAGGGAGUCCCUCAUUAACCAACUUGAUGUACAGCAGCCCUGCCCAUGGUCCUGUCAUUUGUGUUAGUCCACCUCACAGUCCAGCUCAGGCAAGUGAAACCUAUUGUAGCCCCAAAGGUAGUCCGCAUUAUAGUCCAGCUCCCAACACUGGAACCAGUUCUGGCCUUAAUGUGGCACAGCUGAACCCCUCUUUGGGUAGUUCAGGUCUUGAUGUGGAUACCGUGGCUGGUUCUGGAACCCAGAGCUCUGUUCUUCCCAGUGCAGAUCAGUGUGAUCCUGGUCUAGUUAAACCUUCAGACAGAAUCAUGCCAUCAAGCCCAGAACCGGCCGCUUCCCUACCUGAUAACUCACCUGCUGCGAGCCCCAACCAGGGUGGUGUUAGCCAGGUUAGCCAGCCCCCAGUUAGCCCUCACCAUGAUAGGUCUGCUGUUGAAAGCCAACAACGCACUGCCUCUGUAAGCCCCUUUUAUCAGAGACCACCCCUCCAUGUUGAUGCUACUUCCACUCGGACUAGUCUGGGCCCUCCACUCCAUUCUAGCCCUACUCAGGAUAACACUGCGAUGCCUAGCACUAGCCGAACUAGUGACACACCUGCUAGUCCCCCACCCCCAGCCCCCCCCUCCUCUCAUGCUUCACAAGCUCAAGCUAGCUCUAUGCGCAGUAGCCCAGGUGCAAUACCUGCUUGUGGUCCUAUGGAUUCAGGUUAUACACAGACUACCCCAAGUCCUGGUCCUGUCAGCCCUGUGUGGCCAGGUGUUGGUCCCAGUCCUGGUCCUGAUAGCAGUGUGAGGUGUGAAGCUAGCUCUGGUCCCAGUCCUGUUUGCCCUGUUCCUGCCACCCCUUUGCAGUCUGAAAGCAGCCCUAGUCCUGGUCCUGCUAGCCCUGUGCAGCCUGAUGCUGGUCCUGGUCCAGAAAACCUCUUUGUUUCCAGCCAUCAGGAAGACACAGAAACGGAGAGGGAGUCUGUAGCCACUUUGGGCACCAUUGUGGUUGGGGAGCAGGAAGAGGUGAUCGAAGAGAGGAAGGCUGAAGGGGAGGAGAUGGACAGUGAAACUCUGGGGGUGGAUAAGGUGGAGCAGUCUCAUCAGACAACAAAGGAGAGUCCAGAAGACGACCCUGUCGGGAGGACAAAGGCAGAGGGAGGACACGAUCAGGAGGAGAAUCCUGCUUCAGGAGUCCAGUCUGCGUUGGUGCUGUAUGAAGACCAUCGGUCUCCUUCUCACACUGCUGCUGCCCCCCCCUUCCUGCCACAGCUGAUUCCUCUCUCCCCCCAACCUUCCACACCACACUCUGCCUUACCCCUCCGACAGCCCUCCUGCUCCCGUCCUACCUUCCCCGUCCCUUCACCACAAUCUCCGCCUCCUCCUUCUCCUCCUAGAGCUGGCUCUCUGGAAGUCUCCCCCUCCUCCUCCCCUCACAGGACUGCCUUACCCCCCUCCUGCUCCCCUCACCUGGAGGAUUGCCUCCAGGAAGCGGAGCCAACCAGUAGAAGAGGAAUUGAGACUGAGACAGGAUCAGAGGUGGGGCUAGAGGAUGAAACACUUUCCAGCCAAUCACAGAGCCAGUUUGAACCUGUUGCUGCGGCAAUAGAAGCCACCAAAGAUAAGCACCAAUCACACGCUGAGCCUUCAGAGAGGAAGGAGGAGGAGGGGCCUCCUGAAAUGUUGGAGCCAGCAUCAGAUGGGGCAGAAGCUCCUGAGGUGGUUACGAACCAACAGCCAAUGCAGGAGAGGAAGGAUGCAAAGGAGGAGGAGGAGGAGGUGGAGGGAGCAACAGGUAGGAUGGAUGAAGGUGAGAUGGAGGAGGCAGGGGAGGGCUCCAAGCAGGAGGAUCAGUCAGAUGUGGAGGAGGAAGAGCUGGUGAGCCCUGUGCUGGACCUGGACCCCUCUUUUGACCAGGAGGUGAUGGAGCUGAUGAGCACCUCAUCUCUUCCGAACUCCCUCCUCCACCUCUCCUCCCCCACUUUGCCUGACCUCUCCCGACGGGGGAAAGGUCUGACUCUCAGGCCUCCUCCUUGCUCCUCCAGGCCGUCAGACGACCUCUCCAUCCGUCUGAGGCAGUCUCCCUUCUCCACCGAGGCCUCCCCUGAGACCUCCCCCACCAGAGCUCCUGUCACCCCACCUCCACUCUCCCCACCCUCACCUCCUCUCAGGUCCUCUUUCCCUGCCAGAGAGUCUCCGCCUCUCAAGGCACCUCCCACCACUGUGCUCCCCUUCACUCCUAAAAUUGGGAUGGGGAAACCGGCCAUCUCCAAGAGGAAGUUCUCCCCUGGCAGAGCCAGAGUGAAACAGGGUUCGUGGUGGAGUAAUCGGAGGGCGGUGAGCCCCCCCUCGUCCUCCCAGGAUUCCACAGGGGAGGGAGGGUGGGACAGCCCUAAGCCCCGUCCACCGGACUCCCCCCUCUGGAGCAUGAGAGUGGGUCGUGGUUCAGGGUUUCCGGGCAGGAGGAGGUCCAGAGGAGGAGGUGUCGGAGGAGGAAGAGGAGGGACCAGAGGAAGGAGCAGACUGAAGACUCAGGACAGUCUGACUGUGUCACCUGGAUGUGGGUACGUGGAGCAGUUCCAGCCCAAAGAGGAGGAGGAGAACUCGAUGCACAACACGGUGGUGAUGUUCUCCACCUCCGACCACUUCACCCUCAGACAGGACAUGUGUGUGGUGUGUGGUAGUUUUGGUCAGGGUGCUGAAGGUAGACUGUUGGCGUGUUCUCAGUGUGGACAGUGUUACCAUCCCUACUGUGUCAACGUCAAGAUUACGCGGGUGGUCCUGACCAAAGGGUGGCGCUGUCUGGAGUGUACGGUGUGUGAGGCGUGUGGCGAGGCCAGUGACCCCGGGCGACUGUUGCUGUGUGACGACUGUGACAUCAGCUAUCACACCUACUGUCUGGACCCGCCCCUCCAUACAGUACCUAAAGGAGCCUGGAAGUGCAAAUGGUGUGUGUGGUGUGUCCAGUGUGGCUCCGCCUCCCCCGGUCUGCACUGUGAUUGGCAGAGUAACUACAGUCGCUGUGGACCGUGUGCCAGUCUGAGCCACUGUCCUCUCUGUCAGAGACAGUACACACAGGACGACCUCAUACUGCAGUGUCAGCAGUGUGACAGGUGGGUCCAUGCAGUGUGUCAGGGUCUGGCCUCUGAGGAUGAGGUGGAGGUUGCUGCUGAUGAAGGCUUCGACUGUUCGCUGUGCAGAGCUCACAGCCGCGGCUCGUACGGGAGGUCGGACAGUUUUGAUUCUCCCUACAUGGCUCAGAUCAUCUCCAGGAUCCGAGAACCAGACACAAAGACCUACACUCAGGAUGGAGUGUGUCUCACAGAGUCAGGUCUGUCUCACCUUCAGUCUCUGGUUGAACCGCUGACGUCACCGCGCAGGUAUCGCAGGUGUAAACCCAAACUGAAGCUGAGGAUCAUCAACCAGAACAGUGUGUCUGUCCUACAGACCCCACCUGACCCUGACCCCCCCACUGAGCAGGACCAUCACAGAGGUGACGUGGAGUGUGAGAUGAAAUCUGACUCCAGCCCUGAGCGAGACCACACCCAUGACGAUGAUGUCACCAAGGAGCCAGAGGUUACCGACGGCAACAAGAAAAGGAAGAGGAAACCCUACAGGCCAGGCAUCGGGGGGUUCAUGGUGCGUCAGCGUGGUGGGAAGGCCGGUCCGAGCAGAAUCAAACUGUGCAGGAAAGAUUCGACAGAGACGCUGCUGGGCCGAGACGAAGGCCUGUUGGAUGCUGACGUUGCCUUGGAGACAGUGCCCCCGUCAGACCAGGCCAUGGAGAAGGUGAAGAAGAGGUACAGGAAGAAGAAGACGAAGCUGGAGGAAGCUUUUCCAUCGUACCUACAGGAGGCGUUCUUUGGUCGGGAUCUUCUGGACCAGAGCCGGCAGGUGGACAGGAGGGCGGGGCCAGAGACACCAGCUGGUAGCCAAUCAGGAGCAGUAGCAGGUGACAUGAAGAGCCCUGCCCCUGGUCUACAUGGCCCCUCCCCCUCGGGAUUGCUCGUCGAUGCCAUGACAACCAACAGGAAACAGGGAACACUGCCCAUGUCAGAAGAAGCUCUAGUGGAUCUGUCUGAUGUUCUCAACACUGACCCUCACAUACUGGCUACAGGACACACAGGUCAGUUCCAGGUGGAGCGCUCCCCCUCUCCGUUUGCUGGGCUAGACAUCAGCUCCAUGGCCAACGACACGUCAUUGACAUCUGAGCUGACGGGAAGUGGUGGGUGUGGCCAGAGGGCGGUGCAGGAGGAGCCUCUGGAUGCCAUCUUAAGCCCUGAGCUUGACAAGAUGGUCACUGACGGUGCCAUCCUCAGCAAACUCUACAAGAUCCCAGAGCUGGAGGGGAAGGAUGUGGAGGAGGUGUUCACUGCUGUUCUCAGUCCAGACAGCAGCAACCAGCCAGAGCAGAACCAACACACACGCACUGCUGCUGGGAGCAAGACACACACACAGCACACAGCCGGCGCGUUUCCACGUCUGCCGCUGAUGAACGGCCUGAUGGGAGCUGCUCCUCACUUUCCUAACGCUUCCAUGGUGCCCAGCGACGUCCAGGGUCCAGCAGGCUUUAGGAUACCCCCUCCUGAGGUUCCCGCCCCAGCUCCGCCCCCGGGCCCUGGCCCCGGGCUGGCCUCGGCCAAUCAGGCGCCGGCAGGAGAGGGCGAGCAGGAUGUGCUGUCGACGGCUCAGAGGGGCAUGCUGAAGUGGGAGAAAGAGGAAACGCUGGGAGAGCUGGCCACCGUCGCACCGGUCCUCUACUGUAACACCAACUUCCCCCGGCUGAGAGAGCAGUAUCCUGACUGGUCCACCAGAGUGAAGCAGAUUGCCAAACUGUGGAGGAAGGCCAGCUCUCAGGACAGAGCGCCGUACGUGCAAAAAGCUCGGGAUAAUCGGGCGGCUCAGCGCAUCAACAAGGUGCAGCUGUCCAACGACCCGCUCAAACGCCACCCGCCCUCGCAGCAGCAGCAGCAGCAGCAGCCGCCGCCACCACCGCCGCCGCUGCCUCCGGGCCCAUAUGACCCCGUUUCCAUGGAGACAGAGGUGGCAUUCAAGGAUCCACUGAGGCCCAAAGAGUCAGAGCAGGAGCAGGAGUGGAAGUUCAGACAGGGAGAGGUAAAAGACAGAUGGGGAGCCGGUAAGAAGAGGCAGGAAAAUCUCCCCCAAAGCAAAGCCCUAAAAUCACCAACAGAUAAAGAUUGUCCCUACCAGGCAUCUGUAGCAGGAGGUGGCAAAGAGGCUCUGCAAAUGCGUCAGAAGAGUAAACAGCUGGCCAAGAUGGAGGCCACUCAGAAGCUGGAGCAGGUGAAGAACGAGCAGCGGCAGCAGCAGCUGCUGGCCAACCAGCGCCUGGCUGGACGGCUGUCCCCCGAAACCGGCAGCCGCAGCCCCGUCACCCCCGCCCAGCAGCCAGCCGCCGGGGGCAGCGCCUCCCCCCUCUGUCCCCCAGCGUCCAGGGAGGGUCAGUCCAGGCAGCACCUCCUCCUGCAGGGGGGCCAGAGUUCAGGUCUAGCGGAUGACGUCUUCCUAAGGCCGCAAGCUCCUCCUCCCUCCGGGUUCUCCUCCCUCCCUCACUCCCCUCACUCCUCCUCUCCUCUCCACCAGCCUCCGUCCUCCCCCCAGAUGUUCUCCCCACCCUCCUCUCGCCCCUCCUCGCCCUGGGAUCCUUACUGUAAGGUAGCAGGGACUCCUCGCCCCACCUCCUCGCAGUCUGGCGGUCCCACAGUCCCACAGCAGCAGCGACACAGUUCCCUCAGUGCCUCCCCGGCCCAUGAUGCCUUCGGUUCCCCUGCACCCUCCCCCGACCCUAAAACCUCCGACGUAUCUAGGGUCCUUGGACCCCAGCCAGGACUGCAGCAGGGCAGAGGAGGUAUGAUGAGCCCCUCCUCUGGCUCGGCCCCUGACCACACAGCCAGGCAUGCUGGGAUUCGAGCAGCUGAGACCUACCAGAGGAGUCCACAUAACAGCGGUAACCUCCGUGCAGCGGUGUCUGAAUUGUAUGGUCGGGCUGGUGAACUGGUCCAAGGCGGGGUAUUUAAAGCCCCCAUGCCCCCACACCACCAGCCUCAGCAGGAGAUGUUUGGAAGCACUGGAGGAGGAGGAGGAGGAGGAGGAGGAGGAAGGAGGGACCCAUCCAGACCCACAGAUCUGGGCUUUGCCCUCCCCCAGUCACAGGACCCUCCCUUCCCCUCCAGUCCACUGUCAGGCCUUGGUUCCCCCCACUGCAGCCCCUAUGCCCAGACACCCGGCACCCCCAGACCUGACUACAACCAGCAUGUCACUGACCCCUUCACCCAGCAGUCACCUUUGACCUCCCGCCCGUCUCCUGACCCCUACUCCAACCCUCAGACUCCUGGUACACCACGCCCACACUCAGACCCCACGUACCUCACGACUCCACCUGCACUGCGACUGGACCAGUACAACCAGCAGUCUGCCAACCGUCGGCCGUCCCCCUCCCACCCAACCCUUGACCCCUACACCUCCAACCCGGGGACGCCCUGCCCCUCUCUCGCAGAGCGCUUCCCUCGAUCGCCUGGGAGUCAGCGGAGCGCCGACCCCUAUGCCCAGCCCGUUGGUACACCACGACCCUCGCCAGACCCCUACGCCCAGAAACCCUCCACGCCGCGGCCCCAGAAGGCCCCCGAGCCCUUUGUCCAGGCCCCGGUAGAGAGCUUUACUCCUCAGCCUACAGGAUCUGGGUCAUCCCCUCUGGCUCCAGGACUGUCUGGGGAGACAGCAGCCUUCACCCCGGCACACCACCAGUUGCAGCAAUCUCCAGGAAGACAACAACAACAACAGGACACAAUUUCCAGAACUCCCAGUAGCCAUACCCCUAAGCACCCUGGGAUGUCAGAGGAGGGCGGUUUCUCUGGUGUGGCCAGUCAGACUCCGGGUCACGACCCCUUCGAACAGGGUCACAUGACACCAGGCCCCUCACAGAUGGACAAGACAACAGCCCAUGAAAUGGCAGGUCUGGGUGUGGCCUCUUUAGAUGGACCAAUGAGCAUGCUGCCUCAGCCUGGUGACUCCGAGGAGAAGCUGAGACAGCGUCAGCGGCUGCGGCAGCUCAUUCUGAGGCAGCAGCAGCAGAAAAGCGUGUUACGGCAGGAGAAAGGUCUCCAGGAACCAGCUUCUGGACCAGCCGCACCCCCUGCUGCUCCACCCGGCCCCACCUCUAGUUCAGGGACUCCCCGUCACUGGUCUCAGGAGGACUCCUCUGCCUCCACCGCUCCACCAGCAGACCCGUUUGGACGCCCCCCACCUCCCUAUCCCGGCACAGUGAGGCCCGGUGGGCCAGCGAUAGCUCCGGCUCUGAGGUUUCCGUCAGGCUUCCCAGGGGAGGUUCCCUUCCCCAGGCAGAGUCUCACCAGAGAGCUGAGUAUCAGAGGACCAGCUGUGAGGUUUGGUGUUCCUACAGGAGCUCCAGCAGCUCUCCAGGACUCCUUCCUGCGUCCUCCCCAGGGUUCAGUGCCUGGAUCUGGGCUCAGUGUUGUGGAGGGAGUCCCUGUCCAGAUGAGGAGGCCGAUGCUGGGGGAGUUCACCGGCACCCGACCCCUCACUGCUCCCAUCACUCACCCACAUGUGCCAGGUGUCCCCCAGCCAUACCUCCCACGUUCCCUCCCUAUCCAGCAGCACAGCAUCAUGGGACAGCCAUACAUUGAGCUUCGGCACCGCGCCCCCGAGAAUCGCCUGAGGCUUCCCUUCCCUCUGUCCUCUGCUCCAAACCCCGAGGCCCCACUGCUGCACCCCAGAGACCCCCAGCCAUCUGUGGUCAGAGCUGGUCAGGGGGCCAGGAUGGGUGACACGUCUCUGGGCCAGCAGAUGGUGAUGGCUGGUGGCGUGGAGCAUCUGAACCAGCAGGACCAGCAGCAGCUUGGCCACACAGCAGCUCUGACUCAGAGCAGCGAGUCAGCGCUCCCAGGGGCUGAUGGGAUGGAGGAGCACCUGGAGGGGGAGGACUCGGCCGUGAAGGAUCUGGAGGACGUGGAGGUGAAAGAUCUGGUUGACCUGAACCUGAACCUGGACCCUGAGGACGGUAAAGAGGACCUGGAUCUGGGUCCGAACGACCUCCACCUCGAUGACUUCCUGCUGUCGGGGAAGUUCGACCUGAUCGCCUACGCUGACCCUGAGCUCAACCUGGAGGACAAGAAGGACAUGUUCAACGAGGAGCUGGACCUGGAGCCGGUGGAGGAAAAGGAGGGGGGAGAGAGGAGGGACGGUGCUGGUGGGUCCAGAAAAACAGAUAGCCACAUCCUCCAGGUGGGCCAGGUGAAACAGGAAGUGAAGACAGAAGUCAGGGACAGCCCCUCUGCAGCCCAGCACCUUACAGCACAGCCUGCCACCAGCAGACCCCCUGGACCUCCAGGAGCUUCAGGGACCAAAGCAGCAGGUUCCAGCCAGCCCGGGUCCUCUGUCCUCCUCACCAAGGAGAAGGUGGAGGACUCUGGUUCUGGUUCAGGGACCUUGCCAGCUCUCCAGGUCCAGGAACAGGCUCUGUUGUCAGGCAUGGCUCCCAGGGUUCACCCCCCUGUGGCUGCAGCUCCAGGUCAACAGUCUGUCUUCCAGCAGCAGCAGAGACCCUUUUUACCCUCCCCCUCCCCCUCGGCGCUCCUCACCUCCCACCCCCAGGGUCUCCUGGUGUCUCCUCACCCCAGUCUAACUCCUCAGGGUCCUCCUGCCCCGCCUCACCCACAGUCCAUUCAACCCCCCCAACCUCGCCUCCUCUUCAACCCCCAGACCCAACCUCCACACACAGAAACGUCCACCCAGACUCAGGACCAGGUGCAGAACCAGAACAAACCCAGGCCUCUGCUCCUGGAGGAGCAGCCUCUCCUCCUGCAGGACCUCCUGGACCAGGAGCGUCAGGAGCAGCAGCAGCAGAAACAGAUGCAGGCUCUGAUCAGACAGAGGUCCACCUCAGACCCUGUGUUCCCCAACAUGGCAGACUUUGACUCCAUCUCUGACCCCAUCAUGAAGGCUAAGAUGGUGGCUCUGAAGGGCAUCAACAAGGUGAUGAGUCAGGGCAGCCUGGGACUGAGCCCCAUGGUGGUCAGCAGGUUUCAGCAGACUCCACCUCCAGGGACACCCGGUCCAGAGGGGUCUCCUCAGCCUCCACACGUGGUUGGACAGGACGGGAAGUUGAACCCUCAGAUGGUGCGACCCAGCCCCCCCAGCUUCGGCCCAGGCUUCGUCAACGAGUCUCAGCGGCGUCAGUAUGAGGAGUGGCUGGGGGAGACGCAGCAGCUCCUGCAGAUGCAGCAGCGCCUCCUGGAGGACCAGAUCGCCACCCACCGCAAGACCAAGAAAGCUCUGUCGGCCAAACAGAGAACUGCCAAGAAGGCCGGCCGAGCUUUUGCAGAGGAGGACGCCGCCCAGCUCCGCUACAUCACCGAGCAGCAGGGGGCGGUCCAGAAACAGCUGGAGCAGAUCCGGAAACAGCAGAAGGAUCAUGCCGAGCUGAUCGAGGACUACAGGACCAAACAGCAGCAGCAGAGGGCGCUGCAGCAGCAGCAGCAGCCACCAUCUGCUCCUCCCAUGAUGCCUGUAGGAGUGCCCCCCAUCCCACAGACCUUACUCUCUCAGCCCAUGAUGUCCAUCCAGCCUCACGGGGGCGGUCCAGCUCCGGCCUGCGUCCCAAGCGCCCCUACCGGUUGGACCUCAGGAGGCAGGGCUCCAGGGGCGAUGGGGCAGAGGAUGCCACAUCAGCUACCCUCUCAGAUGCCCCCCACCCCGCCUAACGCCCCCCAGGCUUCGCCACAUACCCAAACCCCUCCAGUCAUUGUGCCCAGCCUCGCUUCUCCAACUGCGGGCUUCAGUACCGGCCCCCAGGGCCCCACUGGAGGGCCCAACGGAGCAUCAGGGGACGGAGCCCCCACACCCCAGGUGAAGUUUGACGACAACAACCCGUUCAGCGAAGGUUUCCAGGAGAGAGAGCGGAGGGAGAGGCUGAGAGAGCAGCAGGAGAGGCAGAGAGUCCAGCUCAUGCAGGAGGUGGAGCGCCAUCGAGUCCUGCAGCAGAGACUAGAGCUGGAGCAGCAAGGCCUGCUGGGAGCCUCUUUGGGUCCUGGGGCCGGAGUCGCAGCCAUGCCUCCGGCUGGAGCUCGGGUGGGGCAGAUACCUGGAGGACCUGCAGGGCCAGCUCCUGCCCCUGGUGGGGACGGUCUCUCACAGAUGCCUUUCUUCAGCUCUGAGCUGCCCCAGGAUUUCCUCCAGUCCCCUCCAGCCUCCAGACCUCCACCACAGCACCAGGGCCAGGUGGGGUUGCCAUUCCCCCCACAGUCAGGUGUCCACCAGGGCUUCACGGGACCCCUGCACCCUGGUGCUCACCCAGCUCCAGGUGUGCUGCCUGGUGUGGCAGCAGAGCGGGGACCCCCCGUGGACGUGGCUCCUUCCAACCUCCAGACUAGACCGAGGCUCCCAGGACCCACAGGGUCCUCAUCCCAGGCACAGGUGCAUCCAACUGCGAUGGGCGCUGCAGUAAGGACCCCCUCCCAUCCUGGGAGUCAGAGUCAUCAAUUUGGACAUGACUCCUCCUCUUCCUCCCCCUUGACCCCCCUCCCCCACUCCUUCCCCUGCUCCUCCUCUGGAGGCCCCGCCUCCCUUAUCCAGCUCUACUCUGACAUCAUCCCCGAUGACAAACCAAAGAAGAAGAGGAACAGGAAGAGGGACGGAGAUGACAGCGUGGGGGCAGGGGGAUCCAGGACGCCGCUGUCCUCCCACUCUGAUGACAUCACAGCCCCGCUCACUCCGGCAGUCUCCGACACUUCCUGCUCUACGCCCACUCGGGGCAGCGUGGACCAAUCAGACGCACCAUUCCCUGGUCUGGCCCCGUCGUCCGAGCUGGAGAGGCAGCUGUCCGUCAGUUCUGCAGCCCAGCAGAGAGCCUCUGUCCUGGGCACGGAGUCUCAGAGAGGCCCCCUGUCUGUGGCUCGUCUGGAGGUCAAGGAGGAGCAGGAGGAGGGCGGAGCCUGCGGGGGAGGUGUGGUGAAGAUGGAUGAAAGUGGGGGUGAGGGAUUCUCCUCCCCAUCCCCUCUCCAUGGGGGAGGUAAAGACGGAGAUGGAGGGAAGGAGCUCCUCAGACACCUGCUGAAGGACAAGACCUCCCCGGCCACCACGCCGUCACCCACAGGCAAGGCCACGCCCACUGCCCGCCGCCAGCUGACCAAUGAGAGCGCCCGGUCUGAGGAGGAGGACAGGACUGGUUCCUGUAGCAAUGUGGUGACGAUGGACAGUCCAGGCCCAGACCAGCUGGACUCCUCCAGCAGGAAGAAGACUCAGCGCUGUAAGAGACUUGCCCGGCCCGAGAAGGACAGAGCUCCUCCCAAAUACAAGAGGAGGAAGAGAGAGGAGGAGGAGAAGACGCUCCACUCCUCCUCCGACGACCCGCUGAUGACACACCUCAGACAGCUGUCAGUGUUGCCCCUCAUGGAGCCGGUGCUGGGGGUGGAUCUGAGUCUGUUCCCCCCGUACGGCAGCUCGUCUCUGGGCAGAGACUCCAGACUGACCGGGUCCUUUGGGAACGCCUGCCUGGACGGAGUCACCGACUACUACUCCCAGCUCAUAUACAAGAAUAACCUCAGUAACCCCCCGACACCUCCAGCCUCCCUGCCCCCCACGCCCCCGCCCGUUGCCAGGCAGAAGCUGGUGAACGGCUUCGCCACGACAGAGGAGCUCAGUAAGGACAUCACCGAGCAGGAAGUCAAAGGUGUGCCAGGUCUAAAGCAGAAAGGGGAGGAGCUUUUAGCUUUAAACCACGCCCCCAAGACUGUAGACGUCCCCGCCUCACUGCCAACGCCGCCCCACAACAACCAGGAGGAGCUCAGGGUCCAGGACUCGUCGGAGCGGGACAGCCCAGACGGCUUCGUCCCGUCCUCGUCUCCGGAGAGCGUGUCGGACGUGGAGGUCAGCAGGUACCCUGACCUCUCCUUCAUCAAGCUGGAGCCGCCCUCGCCGUGCCCAUCGCCUACAAUACCCAUCAUGCCCUGCGCCUGGGGAAAAGGCUCUGCAGUGAAACAGGAAGUGAAGGCGGAGCCUAACCUUCAGGGUCCUCCAUCCUGCUCUAACACAGACCUGGUUACCAUAGCGAUAACCCUGAACCCUGUUGCAGCUCAGAACGUUGCAGGAGUGAUGGCGGCGGUGGCGGAGCUGCUGCGGGUCCCCGUCCCUGUCGACUACCAGCUGAGCCGAGCGGCCGGCGCCGAGCGCAGCUCUCUGGCCCUGCUGGCCGGAGUGCGAGUGCCGCUCACACAGGGUUCAUCAGGCAGCAGACAUCAGAGACCUCCACCUGCAGCAGGAAACACUGGAGUCAGGAUGGACUACAUCCAACAUGGCUGCUCUGCUGCUGCUGCCAGGCCUCAGAGUUGCAGCCACUGCAAAGUGCUGCUGGGAAACGGCGUCCGCGUCGUCAGAGAGCUCAAACAGGUCGGACUCCGCAGACGACUCAGUGAGAAGGUGACACUGCGUCACACAGGAAGUCACAGUCUGUGUGUGUUUCAGGAGGGUCCGUCCAGACCUGGGUCCAGCCUGGUGUUCUGCAGUCCACACUGCUCCGCUCUCUACACGUCUGACCCACAGAGCAGAUCGGCUGGACACAAGCCUGCCGUCCCCGUCCUGCUGUCUGACUCUGAAGCUCCCCCUCCCAGCAGAGGCCAGCACCAGUACACCAACAACAUGUCCUCCAUCGCUGUGCACUCCCUCCCCCACACUCCCCCCACUCCACCCCCAACCUCCUCCUCCUCCCCAACACUAUCCUUCCCUCCUGCCUCCGCCAUCACCAUGGAGACCAAGCCCCGCAUAGACAGCCUGAAGGUGAAGGUGAAGCUGAAGCCCCGCCCCCGCGCCGUCCCAGAUGGAGAGGACUUGUCUCGCCAUGUAAAGAGGAUGAAGAGUUCCCGCUGGAGACGCUGGAGCGUUAGCAUCAGACUUAGCCGGGGCCCCUGUAUCCCUAAUGAGGCAGUUGCCAUGCCAACGGAGGAGGAAGUGGACGUGCUGUUGAAAAGGUUAGGGGCGUGUUUUCGUCCUGAGCCAUUACCCAAAGACCAGCGGAGGUGCUGCUUCUGUCAUCAGCAGGGAGACGGACAGACGGACGGACCUGCCAGGCUGCUGAACCUGGACCUGGACCUGUGGGUCCACCUGAACUGCGCUCUGUGGUCCAGUGAGGUGUAUGAGACUCAGGCCGGCGCUCUGAUCAACGUGGAACUGGCUCUGAGACGAGGUCUGACUCUGCGCUGCGCUCACUGUCAGCAGACUGGAGCCACGAGUGGCUGCAACCGCCUCCGCUGCACCAACACCUACCACUUCACCUGCGCUCUGCAGGCCCACUGCACCUUCUUCAAGGAUAAGACGAUGCUCUGUCACCUCCAUAAGCCCAGGACGGUUCCUCUCAGUGGGGACAGGUCUUCCAGCGGCUCCCCCUCCUCCACCCCGGGGCAGACCCCUGACCCGGCGGCGCUGGUGACCUCUGACCCGUAUGACUCAGAGCUGCGGUGCUUCUCCGUGUUUCGGCGGGUGUAUGUGCAGCGGGACGAGGCGCGGCAGAUCGCCGCCGUGGUGCAGCGCGGCGAGCGGCAGCACACCUUUCGCGUCGGCAGUCUGCUGUUCCGUGCCGUCGGCAGGCUCCUCCCUCAGCAGAUGAAGGCUUUCCACAACGAGUCUGCCAUCUUCCCCGUCGGUUACCAUGCCAACCGCAUCUAUUGGAGCAUGCGGCACAGCAGCAGACGCUGUAAGUACAUGUGCUGCAUCGAGGACCGGGACGGUCAGCCGCUGUUUAAAGUCAAGGUGGUGGAGAAGGGACACGAUGACCUCAUUCUGACCGGACCAACACCUAAAGCUGUGUGGGACCAGAUACUGGAACCAGUAUCACAGAUGAGAUCCUCCAGUGGGACUCUGAAGCUGUUCCCAGUUUAUCUGAAAGGAGAAGAUCUGUUUGGUCUGACGACGUCUGCAGUGACCAGGAUCAUAGAGUCUUUACCAGGUGUGGAGGCCUGUGAACGUUACACCUUCCGUUACGGCAGGAAUCCUCUCAUGGAGUGGCCUUUGGCCUUCAACCCGUCAGGCUCAGCCCGCUCUGAGCCUAAAGCCUGUCAGGCCAAGAGACCCUACCUGUUGACCAGCAUCGCUCCCAGGUGUCAGGGCUCGGUGGGCUCCAUCGUGGGCCUCGUUCCCGGCGUCAUCUCUCUGUCUCCGGGGGAGUCCGUGGCCGGAGCUCACCAGGGACGCCACUCCAAGUCGUCCCAGUACCGACGCAUGAAGGCAGAGUGGAAGAGCAACGUGUACCUGGCCCGCUCUCGCAUCCAGGGUCUGGGUCUGUACGCUGCCAGAGACAUCGAGAAAUGCACCAUGGUCAUCGAGUACAUCGGCACCAUCAUCAGGAGUGAAGUGGCCAAUCGCAAGGAGAGGCUGUACGAGUCACAGAACCGUGGCGUCUACAUGUUUCGGAUCGACAACGACUACGUGAUCGACGCCACCAUCACUGGAGGACCUGCCAGGUACAUCAACCACUCAUGUGCUCCCAACUGCAUCACAGAGGUGGUCACAGUGGAGAGGGAGAACAAGAUCAUCAUCAGCUCCUGCAGACGCAUCCAGAGAGGAGAGGAGCUGUGCUACGACUACAAGUUUGACCUGGAGGACGAUCAGCAUAAGAUCCCCUGUCACUGUGGAGCCGUCAACUGCCGCAAAUGGAUGAACUGAACACUCACUCACUCACUCACUCACUCACUCACUCACUCACUCACUCACUGGCAGCUCGCUCUCUCUCUCUCUCUCCGUCGUCUCGGUGCUGAAGCUGGAUGUCGAUCGCCCGCUUCUCCGUGGGCCGCGUUCAGCUUCAUAUCACAAGAAAAUAUAAUCAAACUGAUCAAUACAGAUUUGAUCAGAUUGAUGAUGAUGAUGAUGAUGAUGGGGGGGUUAUGUAUCAGGGUGGGCAGGGACAAAGGUCAGGUGAGGGGGCGGGGCUAAUGAAGAGGCUGGUCCUCUGUGUGUAUAUUGUGUGUAAAAAUGAGCACAGAUGUAAAUGUGAGUGUAAACUUCUGAUUCAGCUGCACUAACAACAAAACAACAAAAACACAGACUUCAUGAGUCACUCUCCUCCUCCUCCUCUUCUUCCUCCUCCUCCUCUUCUUCCUCCUCUUCCUCCUCCUCCUCUUCUUCCUCCUCUUCCUCCUCCUCCUCCUCUUCCUCCUCCUCCUCCUCUUCUUCCUCCUCCUCCUCCUCCUCUUCUUCCUCCUCUUCUUCCUCCUCCUCCUCCUCCUCUUCCUCCCUGGAUUUUGUUAAUUUCCUGUAAAAUAAGAGAUUUUGUUCUUUUUGUAUUUAUUACUGAAUGAAGCUAUUUUCUAAAUCCGUGGUGAGUUCAAGGUCCGGAGUCACAGCCUGUAAAUAUCUGUACCAUAAAUUAAAAAAAACAAAAACAUAAAGUUUAGACGUCACUCCGCUGAGAGCUACCUUACCAUCCUCAUCCUCACCUUCAUCACCUGCCGGUCAGAGCGUGUUUCUGUUUCCUGUCGCGGCGGUGGAGGCGGCGUGUUCUGAUUGGACGGUGAACAGAGCAGCAGCCUCCUGAGCGUCGGGCAGGUGUCACUGCGGCCUUCAUCUGACUUUAGUUUGUUUUUCUUCACCCAGCGUUUUGGCUGCAGGCGUCUGUGUGCGCUUGUUUUUUGUUUGUUUUUGUUUUUUCUCCGUCGCGUCGCUCAGUGUUGUGGAGUUCAGGGUCCUGCUGCCAUGUACAUACGAGUUUUAUCAGGACUCUGCUGACGUGUACAGAUAAA